AGCUUCGUCAGCAAGCUCUACUCGAUGCUCGAGGACCGCUCCAUUGAGGAUCUCAUCCAGUGGGGCCCCGACGGCACGGCGUUCAGCGUGGCGAACCCGGCCGAGUUCUCGCGCCUCGUGCUGCCGCAGUGGUUCAAGCACUCGAACUGGCAGUCGUUCGUGCGGCAGCUCAACAUGUACGGCUUCCACAAGGUCAACCACACGUACCAGGGCAACCCGGCCGACGAGGUGCAGAUCUGGGAGUUCAAGCACGCCAGCUUCCGCCGCGGCGACAUCCAUGCGCUGGCCGACAUCAAGCGCAAG